AUGGGUGUCGAGACCGGAAUGGCGAAGCUGCUGCUUCCAGCUCUGUUCCUCGCGGCUACCGCUUGCAUCGGCGCUCACGCCAAGUUCAUCCGGCACAGCUUCCCCAAGGACUUCGUCUUCAGCACCGGCUCCGCGGCGUAUCAGUACGAGGGCGCAUACAAGGAAGGAGGCAAAGGUCCCAGCGUUUGGGAUACCUUCAGUCACAUCCCAGGUAAAAUUAGGAACAAUGACACUGGCGAUGUUGCGGAUGACUUUUACCAUCGAUACAAGGAGGACGUGAAGCUGCUGAAGGACAUGAACAUGGAUGCGUUCCGGUUCUCCAUUGCCUGGACCAGGAUCCUGCCAACUGGUUCCCUCAGCGGAGGAAUCAACAAGGAGGGGGUGGCCUUCUACAACAGCCUCAUCAACGAGGUCAUAGCAAACGGGCUGAAGCCAUUUGUCACCAUCUUCCAUUGGGACACACCCCAGACCCUGGAAAGCAAGUAUGGAGGCUUCCUCAGUGAAAACAUCAUCAAGGACUACGUGGACUUCGCGGAGGUGUGCUUCAAAGAAUUCGGCGACCGCGUCAAGUUCUGGACCACGUUCAACGAGCCAUGGACGUACGCGUCGCAGGGCUACGGCACGGGCGCGCACGCCCCAGGCCGGUGCUCGCCGUUCGUCUCCAGUUCCUGCACCCCGGGCGACUCCGGCCGCGAGCCCUACGUCGUGACGCACCACAUCCUCCUCGCCCACGCGGAGGCGGUGGCGCUCUACAACGCCAGGUACAAGCCGGCGCAGCGCGGGCAGAUCGGCAUCACGGCGGUGUCGCACUGGUUCGUGCCGGCGUCCAACUCCACCGCCGACGCCAGGGCCGUGCAGCGCAGCCUGGACUUCAUGUACGGCUGGUUCAUGGACCCGCUCGCGCGCGGCGAGUACCCGGGCACCAUGCGCGCCUACCUCGGCGCCCGGCUGCCCAGGUUCACCCCGGAGCAGGCCAAGCUCGUCAGGGGCUCCUACGACUUCAUCGGCGUCAACUACUACACCACCUACUUCGCCGCCAACAAGCCCCCGCCGGCCAACGGGCUGGAGCAGACCUACGACGGCGACAUCCGCGCCAAUACCUCCGGGUUCCGCGACGGCGUGCCCAUCGGCAAGCCGGAGUUCGUGCCCAUCUUCUUCGAGUACCCGCAGGGGCUCCGCGAGCUCCUGCUCUACACCAAGCGACGGUACAACGACCCCGUCGUCUACGUCACGGAGAACGGCAUCGCCGAGGAGAACAGCAGGCAGAUUCCGCUCAGGGAGGCGCUCAGGGACGGGCACAGGAUCAGGUUCCACUCCCAGCACCUGCAGUUCGUGAACCACGCGAUCAGGAACGGCGUGAAGGUCAAGGGCUACUUCACCUGGACGUUCAUGGACUGCUUCGAGUGGGGGGACGGAUACCUGGACCGCUUCGGCCUCAUCUUCAUCGACCGCCUCAACGGCCUCAAGCGCUACCGCAAGCAGUCCAGCAAGUGGAUGGAGAGAUUCCUCAAGAGAGAGGAGACACAUUACUGA